CGAUGCUGCUCAGGAUCAACGGUGCCUUUGUUCGCGUUCAGCCAAUUCCGCACAGUCGCAUUACAGAUUUGCUUUUACUCUAUCGCACGGAGAAUUCCUCGUCCAACUUACAGAUGAGCAGCCUGUUGUUCGAUGGUUUCCGAAAACAAACGUCGGAUCGUAUAAACGAAAAGGAAAGAAAAGAUACGAAGAAACUUCAUUUACAGAGGUUGUACAGCACUGAUAACAAAUGUACGAGCUUUAGUAAUUUAAUGAUUGCAAUGUUACGUCAAUGCAAACGGACACCACUUCCAGCGCGUCUUAUGACGUCGUUGAAAUUGUCCAAACAUCCGCCGCAUACGAGAAAAUAUACCGUGCUUAAGUUUAAAAAGAUAACGCGAUCUCUCGAAAUCCCCAGAAACCCUCUAACGGCCAGGAAACGACUAUUUAAUUCCGAAAUAAAACUUUUUGUCGUAUAUUUAAAAAAAAAAAACAAAGACGUUUAAGACGACGAAAAUAAUUGAUCCAUUCGAUGGUAAAUAUAAUUUUUAGAUCAAGAAAAUUCUCUAUACGAAAGAAAGUUGCAUUCACGCGUGGAACACGGGUACAUAAUUUUUGUUAGCACGUACAUCUAAGUGCGCUCGAGUAAAGCAUUUCGUGUUUUUAAUAUAACUUCGUGAUAUCAUUUUUUCCAAAUCUUUUAUUUUUCUUCCUUCUCGCGGACUCAUCUGAAAUAACUGUUUUCGAUGAAAGAAAAAAUGUAAUCUUUUCGCGCAUUUUUCUACAAAAUUCGAAACGUUCGUACACGUUGAAGGGUGACGAUGUACGUGCCCCGAUGUCGAUUGUAUAAUUUUAACCCUUUCGUUACGAAGGAGUGUCAUAACGAACGGUACACGAACAACCAAAUUACCGUUAAAAUAUUUUAUCGCCGUCUUAUACAGCAAGUAAUCGAUAAACUGUAGCAAGAGCGAGUAUGGUUCGUAUAAACGAAUAACUUCAACUGUUUUCACAAAUCUGUUGAUCGAAUAAUUCGAUUUUGAACUUUGUCCUACAGUGGUGGUAGCUUGCUGAUCGUUCUCACUCCAGUCAGAAGAUCGACAUACAACAAAUCACUCGAAAGAACCUCAACGUCACGAGCUCGAUGAUAUUUCUCUGCUUCAAUUCUAUCGUAAUAUUAAUUCGGUAUUUCUUCCUUGCGAAUCGGUGAUUCGCGUCAACGGACAUUUUGCAGCGCAGCUGAGUUUAUUUUCUCAUCAUUUUAUCGCGAGGGUCGUAUUUACCACUGUAUUACUACGCGUAACUUUUACAGCUUACUAUGUUUACUACGUUUUUUCUCUAGGCAAUAAAUAAACUACUACCUCUUUUAACAGGCCAUCUUAUUUCACUGCGUUUCUCUGCUCCGAAUAAAACGCAACAGGUUCACGAUUAUUCAAAACUGACGAGAUUUCUCAUCUAUCGUAGAUACGUACGUACCGAACGCAUUUUCCAUUCAAAUAUUCC